AAUGCCGCGUCGGCCACCACCAACGAUCCUGCGGCCCCAGUAUUGGUCGCCGACCAGCCGAAGCGUUCGAAGCGCAAGCGGACGGCGUACAACGUGCUCCAGAGCAAGAUGUGGAAGGAAAGAGUGCCCGGACCCAGUCGCUCUGUUUUCGACAACAUUAACGCAAACGUGUGCACGAUGUGGAAUCACUUGAAGGCCACGGACGCUGAAGCAAUUGCCGCCUUGGAAAAAGAGGCGCGCGCGGUGAACAAGGCUCAAGUCACGGCGCCCGAGACGAUGCCGCUACGCGCACGCCUUCAGCUCUCCGCGUCGAUUAUUGCCGACAUCAACAGCCAAUGUGAUCGUCUGCAAAUGCUCGGCUACCACUCGGUCGAGUACAGCAUCGCAAUGCUAAAUGCCAUGUCUACAUUUGACUGGGUCACAUCCCGCAAUUUAACAACGUGGUAACUUGUCGUACGUGGCUUGGUUGGCGAUGCCGGAAAAAAGCCAUUAGCGAGCAGCACUUGUGCCAACGAGCAUGCAGAGCAGAAAACAACCCGCGCGGCCUCUGUAGCCAUUGUGCCGUGGAGAGUAACAACGCUUGUCGUGCCUACUUUUGUAGUACUAGCCAACAACAUUGUAUGAAGAGAAAAUUAC